AUGCUAUGUUCUACAUCAUUUGGGAAGCACGAAAUUAUGUUGUCCAUUAGUAGAAGGUGUUCAACUGUGAGAGAGCUCUCUCUCAGGCUGGUGGCAUUGUCCCCUGGAUCAGAACUACCGCCCGUGAACAUAUCAAGUUCAAUUACAUCUGCGGUUUGGCGACAACCACGAGCUGGCACGAUAAAGGUUAAUGUCGACGCGUUAUGGAGGGCUGAUAAAUGUUGUAAAGUUGGGCAUGGUGGCGCAUAUCGAUCAUGGUAUUUGAGACCGAAGAAGAAGAAAACGUUGGAGCUGGAGGAAGAAGAGACAGCGGCGUUACUCGCCGGAGAAGAAACGAAGGAGGUGGAGAUCCACCUGUUCCGGCAAGGUCGAGGACCCAUUGCGGUGUUCAAAUCUCAACUGGGCGGGUCGGAACGUGACCGCUUGGAAGUCCGUGACAUCCUCCACCACCACUUUCUCAAAUCCAUCUUCGCUUUCAACCCCCAAUCUGGCCGCGCCGCCCCCAUCCGCUUCAACCCUAAAGAUGGAACCUCCGUUCUUCCUUACCGCCACGGUGCCGUUCUUUACAUCGACGCUGAACCCAAGGACUCACUACUCAAACCGGUGACCAGGAUCUUGGUUGGGGUGUUACUAAUAACAAUUAUGAUCAUGCUAGUUUGGAAGGAUAUCCCGGAGUGGAUCAAGAAUUUCAACGUUUCUGGUGUGAACUUCUCUCCGUGGAUAGUAGCUUGUGUAGUUAUUGUUUUCACCCGCAUGAGGAAGAGGACCAAGGGUUUUCUAAAAAACUUUGGUCUGUGAUUGAACUGGGUUGAUGCCUUGGUCUCGUUUUUUAAGGUGACAUUUUUGUUUAUGCAUUGUAUAAUCUUCAAUGUUAUAGGAUUAAUCAAUAGUGUAGGUGUCUUCAACAAUGAUGAUUAUGUUACCUAUAGAGUAUAUGCUCUUGCUCAGCGAGUACACCCUGUUUAUCUUUAAUUGUAUACUAUUUCUCUUUUUUCA